AUGCCUCGGAUGUCGGUGUUCGACGCGCGCCUGCAGCAACAGCUUCGCACGGUGAAUAUAGGGCGGUCUGUGCAGGCGCGACAUGACAUUCUCGCGAAGAGCCCGAUCGAAAGCUCCCGCGCGGCUGCACACGCGAUUCGAGAGGGGGAGCUGGAGCAUGCGAUAGAGCUGCUGGAGCAUGGCCGGUCCGUCGUUUGGCAGCAGACGCUACGGCUUCGGCCGUCGACGGACAAGUUGCACCAGGUUUCACCUGCCCUCGCGGGUCGACUGUCCAAGACGAUAGGUGAACUCGACGGCAUGAAUGUUGAACCAUCUGUCGACACAGUGCUCUCACUGGCGCCAGGUGUGCGCCCUUCAGAUUGGCGGCGGCGGCAGACGAGGCGUGUGCGGCGUCAUCUUCCGUCGUCAUUGCCAUCGUGA